UGGGCAGUUGCCUUCACUCCCUCUCUCUCUCAAGGACUCGAUUUGUGGCUGGUGGAGCUGUCUCAAAUGAAGAGAACAAUGAGCAGUGAAUGUUUACCUUACUACACGGCCCACAGCUACCGUUCAAUGGGCGUGUUCAAUACCUCCAUGGGGGACCUACAACGACAGCUGUAUAAGGGAGGAGAGUAUGACAUUUUUAAAUACUCUCCUAUGUUUGAAAGUGAUUUUAUCCAAAUUAGUAAAAAAGGAGAGGUGAUUGACGUGCACAACCGUGUCCGAAUGGUGACCGUGGGCAUUGCGUCCACCAGCCCCAUCCUCCCGCUACCUGAUGUCAUGCUGCUGGCUCGACCAACAAAAAUCUGUGAAGAGCAUGUCAGACACGCCCACACCACCAAGGGGAGAGGUCGCAAGCCCACGAAGAUCCUAGAGCUCACCAGGCUGCUUCCCCUCAAGUUUGUCAAGAUCUCCAUUCACGAUCGGGAGAAACAGCAGCUGCGCCUGAAGCUUGCCACUGGCCGCACUUUCUACCUGCAGCUGUGUCCCUCUUCAGAUGCACGAGAAGACCUCUUUUGCUAUUGGGAAAAACUUGUCUAUCUCCUGAGACCACCAGUGGAUAGCUGCAGCAGUACCCCGACCCUGCACACGGCAGAAGCAGUUCCCCUAGAGGAUGACAAGGGCCUAAUGACCGCAGAGCUCCAUAGAGAAGGGGAUCGAGAUGAGUUCAGGCUUCACAAGCCUCCUCGCGAGGUGUCCAGAGCCACCUCCUCGGGGUACGCUGGGGGAGAAGGAAUCCAUCACGCGCACAGCCGAACGCCGGGCUCCCCUGCAGUGGCUAGGGCUGCCGGGAGCGCUGAAGGGGCAGCCGCCAGGGCAGCCGGGAGCAUGGCGGGGGCGGCCACGAGCGCUACCUCGGGCUUGGCCAUGGCUGGGGCAAAAACGAGCUCUUCGUCAGGUGCGCUGAGCUUAGCGGCCACCAAGACUUCGAGCACAGGCCAGGUAAGCACGGCCCUGUCUGGAGCCACCAGCAGAGGUCCGGGAGAAAGUGGAUCCAACAAGGCCAUUGCAGGGGCUCUCAGUAUAUCCUCAGAGAGUACGAACGUGGCGUUGGGGGCUGCAAGCACGUCCUCGGUAGGUGCCUCGGCCCCAACGACGGGGCCUGCCAGCCUCUCCCCAGGGAGCAGCCUGAACGUGGUGUUCGCAGGCGCAUUGACGACGGGCGCACCUGCUGCAGAGAAAGCCGUCGCCUGCUCAGCGGUAGGACCCCUAGUCUCCACCUUGCAGAGUGAAGGCUACAUGAGUGAGAGGGAUGGAAGCCAGAAGGUCUCCCUGCCCCGUGCUGAAACCCGGAAGGGAAAAAAAGAAAGAAGAGAAAAGAAGGACAGGACUUCCGGGAGGAAAAGUUCCCGUCACCACAGGACCAGGGAAAGUCACCACAGGACAGGAGGGGACAAGUCCACCCGGAGAUCAUCCUCCCACCGGUCCUUAUCCGGAGACGACAAAAGAGAGGACAAAAAGGAAAAAGGGAAGAGCCACGGAAGAAGCAGAGGACACAGCUCUCACAAGGGUGGCGGCCACAGUGCGGGGGCAAAGGAGUCAAGGACAGCUCACAAAUUGGGGAAGAUCAAAUCCAUAACCAGUUCAGGUGCUGUGAGUAAGAAAUCCAGUAAAAUCGGCUCUUUCUUCAAGAACUUGAAAGUCAUUCCUGGCUCAAAAACAGUGGUCAGGUCACACGAUAGAGGGCUAGACUUCGUGGCUAAGACAGUAGAGAAGUGCAACAUAGAGGCCAAGUUAGAGAAGGCCCCGGGCAGCAAAGAUCUGGAGAUCUCUGGUACCAUGACAUCUGAGACAAUGGAGACCAUAGUCAUUGAAGCUAAAUCAGUUUAAAUAGGAGCCCGGGCAGGAAGCUCACAGUGGAGAUCCAGCCUCAGGGAAGUAUCCCUAGAGAGCCCAUUUUUGCUUUCUCUAAUAAAGGAAAUCAUGCAACUC